AUGAGCCCUAACGCAACGUCAACCAGCGGAGAACGAGAACGCAGAAGAAGAAAACCCUCCGGUGGAGGAAUUCUAUCCUUGGUGAAGCGCAAAAAGGCUAACCUUCGUGAACGGAACCGUAUGCACGGGUUAAACGAUGCGCUUGAUCGUUUGCGGAUGUGCAUUCCGCUUCCGGCGAGUGUGACAACCGCUACGGUACGCUUGCACGUUAACGGGGACCACGGUGGACCAACUGUAACACCACAGAAACUUUCCAAAAUCGAUACACUACGGUUGGCACAAAACUACAUCCUGGCGCUGCUGGAAGUACUGCGCACUGGACGCGGGUUUAAGUACGAACGCCUGAUAGCCACACUGGCCAGCCGUUUGAGUCAGAACACGGCCAAUCUGCUCCGGACGAAACUUUCGCUAGAUCAUCAACUUCAGACAGGCUUAUUGGACGGGUGUGACGAACGUCGGGAAGGUUUCUGCCCCAUAUCUUCGGAUAAUCAACCGCAGCUUCCGUACUGUCUGUGUGCUUCGCAUGACGCACCAUGGUCUAAUGGGGACACAUCCUACAGAAGACGCAACAAUCACCAUUGGACAUCCAAUGGUUACGGUUGUACCUUUUGCGGCUAUGCCGACGAUGACACACAGCAGCCGGGCCGCUACUCGCCAAGACUUUCCCGUGAAGAAUUAUUCGACUUCUGA